AUGCUGAAAAAUAUUCUCACCGAAAUGGCCACCCCCAAGUAUUUCAAAGUGACGCAGUUGCGGUCUGCGAUCGCGCUGCCCCAGAAAAAGAAGGAAACGUUGCUCAGACUCGGUCUUCACCGUAGGCAUCAGACCGUGUUCCACAGAAUAUGCCCGCAACAGGCCGGUAUGAUUGCCACGGUCAAGGAGCUGGUGAAAGUGGAGCUUGCAGACGAGAUGCUAACCAAGGACGAGAUGAGAGAGCAGAGGAAAUCGGACCCGGGCUUCACGAUCGAAAAAGCCGUUUCUGGAACCGCUUCCACGUCAAACUAG